CUGAUACACCGUCACAAGUUACUCACCUGAAAAGGAAACCAACUUUUUCUUAACCCUUCUCUCUAAUCAUGCUUUGUUUCCAGUUGUGUUUAUUGUGACUAAAAUUACGUUAAAAAACACCAAUUCUUUCUCUAAACCCUACGCAUGACAGUCAUGCACUCAGGCCUAGCAACAGCGUUUUCAAGGCACUAGAAGUCACUUCUCAUGUGUCACUUGUUUUUUAAAAGAAUAUAUAUAUAUAUAUAUCCCUAUAUUUCUGUUCCCAGCAAUUCUCUAACAAUCAAAAGUUUCUCCCUCGUUCAAUAGCCUUAAAACACUUUCGAUUUGAGAUGAAAGAAAGUAAAACAACAGUCUUUUUAAAUGACCUUUCAAUACGCAUCAAAAGAGAAGCAAACUUAAACAAUUUUCAUAUCAGAACCACAGUCAUACUCUCUUUGAUGAUGACUUUCUUCGCUUUGAUUCUGGGACUCUUCAUUCACGAUCGUAUCAGAAGCAUCCUAAGCUCCCCAGACGACACUUUCUUUCCUCAGCUGAAUACACAUUCAUCACUCUCACCAAAUUCCCAUUUCCAAAACGACACACCUUCCAAUUCUGAUUUAUUGUCGUUUGACUUGUCGAAAAGGAGAGUGAUAGAAUUGGGAGAUUGGAUAGCUCCUAAAGAGCUACAACAUUCCAUGAGCGAUGAGGAGCUGUUUUGGCGAGCUUCAAUGAUGCCCCACGUCGUUGAGUAUCCAUACAAUAGGACCCCAAAGAUGGCUUUUAUGUUCUUAACAAAAGGAAAACUGCCUUUGGCACCGCUUUGGGAAAGGUUUUUCAAGGGACAUCAAGGUCUCUAUUCGAUUUAUCUUCAUACAUCACCAGAUUAUGCCUUGGAACCACCAGAAUCAUCAGUGUUCUACAAGCGUAGAAUACCAAGCCAGGGUGUCGAAUGGGGAAAAAAGACAAUGGUAGACGCAGAGAGAAGACUACUAGCAAACGCCCUAUUAGACUUCUCGAAUGAGAGAUUCAUAUUACUAUCUGAAACAUGCAUUCCCAUCUUCAACUUCACCACAAUCUAUACCCACCUUAUCAACUCUAACCAAAGUUUCUUGAGCUUAUUCGACGACCCGAGACGUAGGGGUCGAGGCAGGUACAACCACAAAAUGGGGCCCACCAUCUCGCUCUCCGAUUGGAGAAAGGGCUCGCAGUGGUUCGAGGCCCAAAGGAGAUUGGCCGUCGAGAUAGUGUCCGACUCGAGGUACUAUUCGGUGUUUGUGGAGCACUGUAACCCUCCGUGUUACAUGGACGAACACUAUUUACCAACAUUGGUGAAUAAGGUUUGCCCUGAUCUGACCUCCAAUGAAAGCAUCACAUGGGUUGAUUGGUCUAGAGAUGGUCCACAUCCUAGUACUUUUACCAAGAGAUAUGUUUCUGAGGCGUUUUUGAAUCGAAUAAGGCAUGGGUUUAAUUGUACUUAUAAUGGGAGAAUCAGCUCAAUUUGCUUCCUUUUUGCUAGGAAAUUUCAUCCCAAUACAUUGCAGCCUUUGCUGAGUAUAGCCCCGGAUUUGCUUGGUUUUAAUGUCUAGUGCUUGUAAUCAUGCAAUGGAGACAUCUUUUCAUGUGUUAAAACUUUUAUUGUCAAUGAUUCAAACUAAUAUGUGAAUUUGUAAGGAAUAAUGUGUAAAAAAUAGAAGAAACUACUUUUCUCUCCUUUUAGAGGAGUUAUAGGAAAUGACCUAA